GGGGAGGGGGGCGCUCCGAGCAGAAGCGACUGAAACCCGGCGGCUGGGCCGAUGGUGAGCCGGCAUCUGUCGUGCCGGGUUGUGCCCUCCUAGUAGGGCUGCUGCUGGCCGGUGCGUUGCGUGCCGGAAAGCGGCUUCAGGAAGGGAGUCCGGCAGCGUGAGGUGCCUGCUGCGGUGGGCUCGUCUCACGGAGAAGUUGUGACGCUGAUAAGUCUUAGCUGAGUUUUUUUUCAUUUUGCCUGCAGCUCCGUUAAAAGCACCGUGAAGUAGCAUGCUAAUGCUGUGUCAGUGACGAGCCAGGCGGUUGUUUGGAGUGUGAGGAUGAAUGUAAGGAAGCCCCUGCCCUGCUGGGCAGAAAGUUAGGGCUGUGCAAAUGCCUCAGUUCCACAGAAAUCCAGGGAAUUCUGUGCCCGUGUGUUGGUGCCCUGCCCUAGGACCCACUGCUUGGUUUCUGUCUGGCAGGCUGCAGGAGCUGUCAUACAAAGACAAAAUUGGUUGUCAUAGGUGCGGCCAGAUCUGAAAGUACUGGAGGCUUGUCAGGGUUGUCCCAGAGGUGGCCCAUGGUGUCGUGCAAACUGAAUACUUUCUGCUUGGGACUGGGGGGACUGCUGCUUUGGGUCCUUUGGAGUGCCCUGCUCUAGGACUCACUGCUUGGUUGCUGACAGGCUGCAGAAGUCGUCGUACAAAGGCAGAAUCAGGUGGCAAGGCACUGCACGGAGGAGCUGUGAGUGCCCAUCCCUGCAGGCACUCAAGGUUGGAUGGGGCCCUGAGCAGCCUGAGCUGCUGGAGGGCAGCCCUGCUCAUGGCAGGGGUUGGAACUGAGUGGGCUUUAAGGGUCCUUCCUAGCCAAACCACUCUAUGAUUCUCUGAAAUAUAGUUUGUUCCCAUCCUUGUUCUGAUGCUUAGUGUGAUGGAGCUGCUUGGACAUUACCAAGAGGUAACUUGUUUCAGUGCUGGCAAGCAGGAAAGCUGUGCUUAUCUGAAUAUUGCCGUAUUCUUGCACAUUUUGCCUUUUGCAGAAGGGAAACAAACAAAAUUUGUAACGUAAGGCAACCUGAGAAUCCUGAGCCAUGAGCUCUGGUGAUGUCUUUGGUCUGGGUGCAAAUAAAAUGGGCAGCAUUGCAGCAGUGGAGUAAGACCAGUACUGCAGUUGUCUGAAAGGUACUGUAGGCUUGGGACAGUGGGAUGAGGGAAAAGAGGAGGAGAGAGAUUGCUUUUUAUUUUGAGUCUUUCUUUUUUUCCUUUCCUGCUUUUGGAGUUAUCUUUAUUCCCCAACCCACACCCUGUAAUACUUUAGAACUGGGGUCAGAGUGUAGGGCAGCAUUAAGGGAAGAGAGGCAGGUGCUGGGUGGUUGUGGGUCAGCGGCAGAGAAGGUGAGUGCUUUUAGAGUCAUUCAGAAUACUUAGUUACUGCCUGAAUUGUCAAAUGCUUCAGGUGUCUGUCCUUUGUUUUGUUGGGAUGACAAGAUGACUAACCUGUCCUGACUUUUUUGAUCUAAGUUCUGUAGGUUCUGUCUGCAAGCUGAAAUAUGCAAUAGCUGUUUGUGAUGUCAUUUUUCAGGCUGGUUAAUGUGUGGUGUUUUGUUUUUUGGGUUUGUUUUUUUUUUUUUUUUUUUUUUUUUUAGUUUGUGUGAAAUAUCUGCUUGAAAUGCAUCGUCUCACCAGGCUCCGCAGUUGGUGUUUGGAAAAAGUACAACACAUGUUCCUACAUUAUGGUUUAAAUGACAUCACUUUGGAAAUUAAAUGAUUCAUGACCUCUUUGAUAGGAUGAGAGUGUUUGUUUUAAUGGUAGCGUGUCAAAUUGCACUUGGUUUUGUAUUUUUUUUCCCUCCCUUUCCUCACCUCAAGUGAACAUGACAAUUACUUACUGUUUUUUUCGUGAGAGAUGACCGGAGGCAGGAGGAGGUAAUGUUUUGGUUGAGGCUUAUUUUGUUAGAUCCCCCCAGUGACUGUUUAGGAAGGAUGUCGCUUUGCACGUCAGCUUGAGCGUGGCAAAUUCCUGCUGUCCUACUCGGUGAAUGAGAUGCUGCACUUCAUAUGAAACUUGGAAGGAGACCUGGUGAAACUGCUGUUCUGUCUCAGUGAAUAGCAGAAUUAGUUCCUUCAAUUAUGAGUAACAUGCUGAACCCGGAUGCUAUUUUUUCAAACAAUGAAAUGAGCCUGUCAGAUAUUGAAAUCUAUGGCUUUGAUUAUGACUACACGUUGGUCUUUUAUUCUAAGCAUCUGCACACUUUGAUCUUCAACGCUGCGCGAGAUCUUCUUAUUAAUGAGCAUAGGUAUCCUGCAGAAAUAAGGAAGUAUGAUUAUGAUCCGAGUUUUGCAAUAAGAGGACUUCAUUAUGAUGUGCACCGGGCAUUAUUAAUGAAGAUUGAUGCUUUUCAUUAUAUACAGCUAGGAACAGUGUACAGAGGCCUCAGUGUUGUCCCAGAUGAAGAAGUCAUUGCAAUGUAUGAUGGUUCCCAUGUUCCCUUGGAACAAAUGAGUGACUUUUAUGGAAAGAGCUCACAAGGAAGUACAAUGAAGCAAUUCAUGGAUAUAUUUUCCUUGCCAGAGAUGACACUCCUUUCUUGUGUGAAUGAGUAUUUUCUGAAGAACAACAUAGACUAUGAACCUGUUCACCUAUACAAAGAUGUCAAGGAUUCAAUCAGGGAUGUCCACAUCAAAGGAAUAAUGUAUAGAGCAAUUGAAGCAGAUAUUGAGAAAUAUAUCUGUUAUGCUGAACAAACUCGUGCAGUAUUAGCUAAGCUGGCUGAUCAUGGCAAGAAGAUGUUUCUUAUUACAAACAGUCCCAGCAGCUUUGUGGACAAAGGCAUGAGGUUCAUAGUUGGCAAGGACUGGAGGGAUCUCUUUGAUGUGGUCAUUGUGCAGGCUGAUAAGCCAAACUUCUUCAAUGAUAAGCGAAGACCAUUUCGGAAGGUGAAUGAAAGGGGAGUGUUGCUUUGGGACAAAAUCCACAAACUGCAGAAAGGCCAGAUCUACAAACAGGGCAACUUGUACGAAUUUCUGAAGCUGACUGGUUGGAGGGGCUCUAAGGUGCUCUACUUUGGUGAUCACAUCUACAGUGACUUGGCAGAUUUGACCCUGAAGCAUGGCUGGCGCACCGGUGCGAUUAUCCCCGAGUUACGAUCAGAGAUUAAAAUCAUGAACACAGAGAAGUACAUUCAAACCAUGACCUGGCUGCAAACUCUGACAGGAUUACUGGAACACAUGCAGGUUCACCGUGAUCCUGAUUCACAAAUGAUUUUAGAAGAAUGGAAGAAGGAAAGAAAGGAGAUGAGGGAAAUGAACAGGAAUUUCUUCAAUGCACAGUUUGGAAGCUUAUUCAGAACAGAUGAGAAUCCCACUUACUUCCUCAGACGUCUCUCUAGAUUUGCAGAUAUCUACAUGGCAUCACUGAGUUGUCUCUUGAACUAUGAGCCUGAUUACACAUUUUAUCCAAGAAGGACUCCUUUGCAGCACGAACUUCCUGGCUGGUCAGACCAGCUGUGCACUGGUACAUUCAGAAUACCCUUCCUACAAGAGACAGUUCGGGUCAAAUAAGCACUUGCCUUGUUCUCUCUAAAAUGGGCUAAUUUUUUUUUUUGUUUUGUUUUGUUUUGUUUUUGAAUAUAGAUGUAUUUUAAGUCACUUAAAUCAUUACCUUGAUUUAGAAGUAAUUCAUACUUGUUCUCAUAAGCAUUGUACUUAUUUUCUUUCCUCCUGCUCAGAGAUGCAAAACCUGUUCUUACACACAGAGGAUAUGCUGGACUGCUGAAACAGUUGUGGGCUGGGUGGGAGGAAAGGCUGACAUUCAAGGGUGGUUGCCUUUGUUUCUUGGUUUGAAACUUGGAUCUACAGCUAUGUGAUUUAGAGAGAGCUAUGCUGUCCCUUCAGAUCUCUAGCUGCAGUCUGCAGUAGCUCUUGGCACUCAAAAGCGUAAAUCUGGUAUUAGUAAUGCAGUGAUAUGCAAUUACCAGCCAGUUUAUGGUAAGAUUUAGAGAGAUGGUGUAAGCAUUUUAACUUUGUGUUGCAUGUAGCCAGCAUGUUACCUGUAACUGAUGUAACUGGUAUGGUUUGUGUGUGCAUCUCUGCUGCGCUCUGAUGGCUGCCAUACAGGCGUGCUCAGGUGGAUGCGCUCUUUUCCUGCCUGUACAUCUGUGCUUGGCUGUAUGUGGACCUGAGCCAAAGCCUGACAGCAAUGGGAAGCUUGGGCUGCUUCAGCUUCCUUCUGUUUCUUUUUAGACAUGUUUCUUAGUUUUUAAACAAACUAAAUAUCCGCUCUGUGAUAAUAAAGCCAUUUCAGGAGGUCUAGCGGGAUGCAUUUCAAAGCGAAAGCGGAAUUCCAUCAGACUUCAGAUAGAUCCAAAAUGCUGCUUUUUACAUUUCUAAGUGUCUUACAGUGGCAUACAAUGCAGUUUAGGAGCUUCCUUGGAGAGAAUGUAUUUCACAUAGCCUCCUGUAACGGGCGUCUGCAUUCAAUAGUACAUACGCACAAUGGGUAAAUGAGUUGGGGGGGUGGAGAAGUAUAUGAAGAAAGAAAAAGAAAUCCAGAGUUAACUGGUGGCAUUUAUUUUUUUUUAAUUUAUUUAUUUUUUUUAGCCAAAACCCCCAAAGCUGAACUGGGGGUGAUGGACAAUUUGUAUCAAGCAAAACAAUUUUGACUGUGCAGGUGAGAAGUUUUACUGAAUUACUAAAAUUGGAAGGAAGGCAUGAGCACAAACUUCGGGUGGCAUAAAUGUUCCAAAGAUUUGAGCUGAAAAUCUCUAUUUUGCACAAGGAAAACAUCUGUUGAUGUGUUUCCUCAAACAGGCACUUUAUAGAACUGCUAUAUGGUUGUUUUUAAAUUGGGAUGCUUUCUUUUCUCUGCAUCCAAAAGAAAGCUUUCUUUUUUUCUAUUUUGUUUUCUUAAGUGGUGCUUCCUGCUCCAGCCAUCUUAGAAAGCAUGUAAGUGAUAUAAUGGCUUUCAAAUGUUAAUUAAGGUUUCUUUUGUUAAAAGCAUGACAAUUAACAAAAUACAUAUAGCGUUUGGUAUCUUUCAUUUUAGGGCAUCAUUUGUUUCCUAUCAUGAUUGUCAGGUAGACAAACUUUUGGCGACCAAAAGUUUUCCUGUUUGUUUUUAACCAGUCUUAUGUAUACGAAUCUGUACUGAAUUCAAGAUGUGAUAUCUUGAAUGUUUUUUAAAAGCAUAUUUGCAAAGUAAUGAAUGUAUUUUAAUCUAGCAUGCACAAUUUCAUAUGCAGUUUUCCUGUAUGCUUGAAAUCAGUCUGAAAGCCUGGAGAUGUGCUUGUGGAUUUUCUGUUUGUGGUUUUCUUGAGCUCCUGUUUCCAACUUGACAUGCAAUACUCCUGAAGUGUGUGUUUAAACAGAUGAGUGCACCUGAAAUGAGGGAGCUCAUCUGACAGUCCUGCUGUUCUGGGGAAAGAGAAAAGAUGCUUUUUUGCAGAGUUAGUUAGGCAUUAUCAGGACAGGUAUUGGUGGGGCUGUGCAAGAGGCUUAGCAGAAUUUGAUAAUACGAGCUGCUCUGUGAGCUGCGCUCUGGAGCUGGAAGUUUGCCUUGGGUUCCUCAUCAUCAUGCUCAGCUAGAAGUGAACUUGGUGUUACUCUAUAUGGCACCUUUCUUGUUCCAGAGAUCUCAAUGCGCUGUUUAAAAUAAAACAAAAAAAUGUAUGUGCUUCAUCUUGCUACCAGCGAUUAAUAGUACUGCUACUCAGUUCUGCAUUAUUGAAUUUAAUGAUCGCUCUGAUGUUGAUUCUUUGGAACCUGGCCAGGAGUCAGUUUGUUUGCCCAUUUUUUUUCCAUGAUACCCAGGAACGGUUGGAUGAUGUUAGCCACGCACUGCCCAUUUUGUUUCAAGACAGUUGUCUCCUCUCUUACCUUAGAAAAUCCAAUGUCUGUACAAAGCUACCUGACAACAGCUAGCUGAAAUAAACCUUGUUUAUGUUGCAUGACUUCUUGAAAUAAACAGCACUGCAUGACAAAAAAUUAAUUAUGGGAGAGUCAUGUUCUUUUAAAACUAUAUACAACUUGAGUUUAAGUGGGAGUCCUAAAAUGUAGUAUUUAUUUUUCACUGCUAGAAUGUUAGUCUUUUAAAAAUGUCUUGCAUUUUUAUAAUGAUUUCAAAGAACUGGAGCUGUAUACCUCUGUGUUCUCUGCAUUAUUUAUUUGAACCCUUCAUUACUGGCUUCAAAGAUUUUUGGGUGCAUUGAAAGGGCAAUGUCUGUUUCUAUUUGUUUUGGGAGUACAGUUUGUUGGAACACUGAAGUAAGAAUAAUUUUCUUUUUCUGUUCUAUCAAAAACUCAAAGAGAAUCAAUAGUCUGGUAAAAGAAGAGUUUAAUGAACUGUGGAAACAUUUUGUGAUGAAAAUACUUAAUGAUUACUACAAAAAUAAAUGCUUGAACUUUA